AUGUCUGGUCGUCAAGGUGGAAAGGCUAAGCCUCUUAAGGCCCCAAAGAAGAAACAGCAGGAGUUUGACGAUGAAGACCUCGCGUUCAAGGCCAAGCAGAAGGCUGAGGCUCAAGCUAGAAAGGAAAUGGCAUCCAAGGCUGCCAAGGGUGGUCCUCUUGUCGGCGGUGGUAUCAAGAAGUAA